UGUUUUUGAAAGCGCCAUCUCGUGGUUCGCGCCAUAUUUACAAAAAAUGGCGCCAGCACCAGAGAAGAACGAACCAGCAGAUGAUCAAGACGAUACAGCAGUGGAACAAGGAUUAGCAAAGUCUCGAUCUCGCAGAGAAAAGAAAGAUAAAGGAGGAAGAUUUGCAGCUCUCGAAAGAUUCAAGAAAACCAAACAAAGUGGAGAGAAACACAAAUAUGACGUAGAAGAAGAGAAGAAUGUGUAUGAUGUCGUUGAUGAAGAUGAAUACUCCGAGAUUGUCCGCCAGCGUCAAGACGAUGAUUGGAUCGUAGAUGAUGAUGGAGCUGGGUAUGUGGAGGAUGGUCGGGAAAUCUUUGAUGACGACCUCAAUGAAGAUCCGGCAGCCAGAAAAGGAAAGAAAGAGGAGAAAAAGAAAAGCAAAAAUCCUAACAUUGUGAAACCAGGAACCAAACCUAAAACAACUAUCAAGUCUAUGUUUGCUGCUCAGUCAUCAACAGGAGGAUCCAAGCUCAAAUCAGAGAAAGAUGUAUCAUUGGCUAAUGAUGAUUUAUUGGGGGACCUCAUGGAGGAGCUUCACCAGGGGCCCUCAGAGGGGAUGAUGAAACCUCUACCCAUCAAAUUGAAAAAGAAAGGCUUUGGUGCUAGCAAGUCACCUUUGAAUCCAUUUAACACCAAUGUACAGUCUCCUCCAGUGCAGGCUGUCAGAAAGAAACCCAUCAUUAAGACAGAACCCAGAACUGUCCCAAUCAAAACUGAACCAAGGUCCCUCCCCAAACCCAACAUUCCGGACCCAGAGGAAAAUUUUGAUGAAAUAGAUGGGAUGGAAUUAGGGGUAGAAUCAGCUCUAAAAACAGAAAAUGACAUUGACAUUCAAGAAUCCUCUGAGGGCCAAGAUGCUGCUGCUAUGAUGGAUUUAAAUGAUGUCGACUUUGAUGAAGAACUUGGCAUCAAGAAAGAGGACACAGCUAUGACAUCUGUAAAACCUAAAGAAGAAAUAAUGUCAAUUCCUUCUGAAACUUUGUCAACUGGGUGGGAGAAUUUUCAGACUGAUUCCCAGGAGGAAUCUCUGGCCGAGGUCAAAGUUGACACUUCAGAGCUACCAUUGGUCACCUCCUCAAGUGGUGAACAAGUCCUGCGAUUUUAUUGGCUGGAUGCCUAUGAAGACCCAUAUAACACUCCAGGGACAGUUUUCUUGUUUGGGAAGGUUUGGAUAGAAAAAGCCAAGGUGUAUGUGAGUUGUUGUGUGACGGUGAAGAAUAUUGAGAGAAGAAUGUAUGUUCUUCCGAGGGCUACGAGGAAAAAUACAAAGACAGGAAAUGACACAGGAAUAGAUGUCACUAUGGUGGAUGUUUACACAGAAUUCACAGAGAAAAUUGUAGAAAAAUAUAAAAUACCAAAGUUCAAAUCCAGGAAAGUAACUAAGCAGUAUGCAUUUGAGAAGGCUGAGGUUCCAGUGGAGUCUGAUUACCUAGAGAUCAGAUAUGGGGCAGACAUACCUCCCCUACCCAGUGAUAUUGAAGGAGAGACAUUUAGCAAUGUAUUUGGCACCCACACAUCAUGCUUGGAGCUUUUACUGAUUGAUUCGAAAAUGAGAGGACCUGGAUGGUUAGAUCUGAAGUUACCACAGCUGGUUAAUCCCCCAGUCAGUUGGUGCAAAAUGGAGGUCAGUAUUGGGAGACCGGAGUACCUGUCUGUGAUAAAUGAUCAAAACCUGACCCCGCCCCCUCUGGUUGUCAUGACGCUGAACCUCAGAACCCUCCCCAAUCACAAAACUCAUCAAAAUGAAAUUGUGGCAGCUACAUGUCUCAUUCAGGAAACAUUUAACAUUGAUAAACCUGCUCCAAAAACUCCAUUCCAACAACACUUUUGUGGUCUAACAAAGCCAAGUGAUAGUCUCUUUCCGUUUGAUUUCCGAGAAAAGCUUCAAAAAGAGGGCAAAAAGUUGAGAGUAGAAAUGCUGCCGACUGAGCGGGCUUUAAUGGGAUUCAUUCUGGCCAAGAUUCACAAAGUAGACCCAGAUGUCAUUGUAGGACAUGAUAUCUUUGGAUUUGACUUGGAUCUUAUCCUUCACAGAAUAAAUGCCAACAAAGUGCCUCACUGGUCAAAGAUUGGGAGACUAAAAAGGACAAAGAUGCCAAAAUUAUCUGGUGCUGGACACAGAGGUUUUGCAGAUAAAACUGCAGCAUGUGGUCGACUGGUGUGUGACAUUAAACUCUCAGCCAAGGAGCUGAUUAGAUCUCGUAGUUAUGAUCUCACAGAACUGGCCAAUGUCAUACUGAAGGCAAAGAGACUAGAACUGGAUUAUGAUCAAAUUCACAAUAUGUAUAUGUCAUCACAUCAGUUGCUGCAGCUGCUAGAACUUACUCUGAUGGAUUCCACGUAUAUUCUACGGAUUCUCUAUGAAUUGAAUGUUUUACCUCUGGCACUGCAAAUAACUAACAUCUGUGGAAAUGUUAUGACAAGAACUCUCUUAGGAGGAAGGUCAGAAAGAAAUGAAUAUCUGCUUCUACAUGCCUUUACUGAAAAAAAUUUCAUUGUCCCAGAUAAAGAGUACAAAAAAGUAACCGUGCAAAAAGAGACGCUGGAUGAUGAUGAAGCAGAGGAUGUUGGGAAGGGAGGUAAAGCCAGUCGGCGUCGUAAACCUGCAUAUGCUGGGGGUCUUGUUUUGGAGCCAAAGAAAGGUUUCUAUGACAAGUACAUCUUACUGCUGGACUUUAACAGUCUGUACCCCUCCAUUAUACAGGAGUAUAAUAUCUGUUUUACCACAGUCAGCAGAACAGCUGUACAACAGGAAGAUAAAGCUGAUGAUGAGGACCCGCUGAUUGAGCUUCCAGACAAGGACCUAGAGCCGGGAAUCCUGCCAACAGAGAUCCGUAAACUUGUGGAGAGUAGACGACAGGUCAAACAGCUGAUGAAGGGAGACAUCUCAAACGACCAGUACAUGCAGUAUGACAUCAGACAGAAGGCUCUGAAGCUGACGGCUAACAGUAUGUAUGGUUGUCUGGGAUUCAGUCACUCCAGAUUCUUUGCUAAACCUCUGGCAGCACUCAUCACAGCAAAGGGGAGAGAGAUUUUAAUGAAAACAAAAGACUUGGUAGAAUCUAUGAACUUGGAGGUAAUUUAUGGUGACACAGAUUCCAUCAUGAUCAACACAAACUGUACUGACCUUGACAUGGUCUACAAAGUAGGGAACAAGGUGAAAUCGGAGGUGAACAAGUUGUACAGGCUGUUAGAGAUUGACAUUGACGGAGUGUUCAAGUCCAUGCUAUUACUGAAGAAGAAGAAGUAUGCUGCCCUCAGUGUGGUCAAAGGUCCAGACGGCAAGUACAUCGAACACAAGGAGCUGAAGGGACUGGACAUUGUCCGCAGGGACUGGAGUGACCUCGCCAAGGAGGCCGGAAACUUUGUAGUGGAACAGAUUUUGUCAGGAGAGUCCAGGGAGACCAUUGUGGAAAAUAUUCAUGCUAAGUUGAUGGAAGUUGGGGAGAAGGUCAAGAAUGGACAAAUACCUAUAGAAAUGUACCACAUUACCAAGCAACUGACAAAGAAUCCUGAGGAUUACCCGGACAAGAAGAGUCUGCCUCACGUACAGGUGGCCCUGCGAGUCAACAGCAAGGGAGGGAAGAAAAUGAAGGCAGGGGACACUGUGGCCUACAUUAUUUGUGAGGAUGGGUCUUCCUUGGCAGCCUCUCAGAGAGCCUACCACCCUGAAGAGUUGGCAAAGAGUGACACACUGACAGUUGACAUCAAAUACUACCUCUCUCAGCAAGUACACCCAGUUGUGUCAAGAUUAUGUGAUCCUAUAGAAGGAACAGAUGCAGCACAUUUAGCAGAAUGUCUAGGUCUGGACCCCUCAGGUUACAAACAUACUGUCCAUCAUUAUGAUGAUGAGGAAGAAGCCUUACUGAAUGGAGCUGAGAUUUCUGAUGAAGAGAAAUACAGGAACUGUGAGAGGUUUAAGUUUACCUGUCCAGGGCUUACCUGUAAAAGAGAAAUCAUUGUGGAUUCUGUCUUUCAAGGAGCUGAGGAGUUCACAGAAUGUUCAAUCAGCAUAUGUCCAAAUAAUGAAUGUAAAACUGAUUUGAGGAAACACAUCCCAUACAUCUGUAAUAGACUUCAAAUGGACAUAAGGAGACACAUUCAAAAGUACUAUCAGGGCUGGCUGAAGUGUGAGGAUGCUGCCUGUGGAACUGUGACCAGGAGAGUCCCCUUGACUUUUCAGCGAGGGCAUCCUGUGUGCUAUGUGUGUCACAGAGGACUGAUGCAUCCACUGUACACAGACACCAUGCUGUACAUGCAACUGUGCUUUUAUGAACAUAUUUUUGAUGCCGAUAGAGCUCUCAAGGCUCUAACAGAAGGUUCUAAAGAAAAACAUGCUGCUUCAGCAAAAAUGAGUCUAUGUAGAGCAGAGUAUGCCCAAAUUAAAGAUAUAGCGGCCAGAGCCAUUAGAAGAAGUGCUUACUCAGAAGUCAAUUUAGACAAACUGUUUCAGAACACCUUCCAAAUUAAACCACGGCACCAUCAGAUGUCAUCGUGACUUUGAUCAGCAAUCCUUUCGCUUGUAUUCUCAGGAAAGAAGCUUAAGUGCCCCCUUCUUAAGGCCUUUAAAUUACAAGUUCAUUGUGAUUGUGCAAGAUUUGAACCUUGACUACUAGUAACAUGUAUGGGUUUAUAUCCACAAUACCAAAUUUAGGUAUUGUUAAAACUGAAUAAACUCUGUAUAAAGGAAGAAUGCAGGGGAUAUUAACAUCAAAUUUUUCAUAUCAUGUAUUUAGGAAAAAAAGUAUCAUUUUGUGCAUAUUUUAUGUUCAUGGUAUACAGUGUAUGACAGUAAGGCAUAUACAGUGUAUAGUAUUAUAUACCCGACCUCCUGAAUUCAAUUCAUUGUUAUUCUGUAAAUUAUUGCCAAGUAGGUGUGCAUUUUUCCACUUGCAAAAAUAAGAUAGUUGGA